AUGGAAGACGAGUUUCAGGCACUAAAAUCAAACAACACGUGGGUUCUUGUUCCACGUCCUUCAGGUGCAAACAUUGUUGGAUCCAAUCCUAUAGUCAAAGCUUCUACAGUUCGUGUUGUGUUGUCUCUUGCUACUAUUUAUAGAUGGUCACUCUGUCAACUUGAUGUUCGGAAUGCCUUUCUAAAUGGAAAUCUUACUGAAACUGUAUACAUGGAACAAGCUACAGGUUUUAUUGAUGCUAGAUUUCCUACACAUGUUUGUCGUCUUCAGAAUGCUCUCUAUGGUCUCAAACAGGCACCUAGAGCUUGUCAAGCAGAUCAAUCACUUUAUUUUAAAACAACAAAAUCCAUUACUUAUCUCUUUGUGUACGUUGACGAUAUCAUCAUCAUCGGGAGUGAUUCUUCCCUUAUUAAAUCAUUUGUUACUAGGCUGCACAAGGAAUUCUCCAUUAAAGACUUGGGCCUGCUUGGUUAUUUUUUGGGACUUGAGGUUUCUCACUCUAAUACAGGUCUCUUUCUCAGUCAGGCAAAAUAUGCACAUAACAUUUUGGCUCGUGCUGGGAUGUUAAAUUCAAAACCUGUUGCCACACUACUGGCUACCACUGAUACUUUUCUUAGCAAAGGUGUCUCGUUUCAUGAUCCUACUCUUUACAGGUCUUUAGUUGGGGCCCUUCAGUAUCUGACAAUCACUAGACCAGAUAUCUCGUAUGCCGUAAAUCAAGCAAGUCAACACCUACAGGCCCCCACCACAUCCCAUUUUCAGUUGGUUAAAAGAAUUCUUCGGUAUGUUAAAGGCACAAUCACAUUUGGGUUAACUUUUUCGAAACCAACUUCCGCAACUAUUGUUGGUUACUCUAAUGCAGAUUGGGCUCGCUGUAUUGAAACUAGACGUUCCAGUUAUGGCUACUCAAUUUAUUUGGGCGGAAAUCUCGUCUCUUGGAGUGCAAAGAAGCAACCUACUUUCUCUAGAUCCAGUUGUGAAUCUGUGUAUCGUGCUAUGGCUAAUACAGUAGCAGAAAUUAUUUGGCUAACACAUCUCCUUCGUGAGUUACAUGCUCUUCCUGCGGCCCGUCCUACUUUACUCUGUGACAGCAAAAGCGCCAUCUUUCUCACCCAAAAUCCAGUUUCUUAUAAACGGGCCAAGCACAUUGACAUUGAUUAUCACUUUGUACGAGAACUCUUCUCGUUCGGUUGCCUAUACACAAAGUUUGUUCCAUUCAAUCUCCAGGUUGCGGACAUUUUCACCAAAAGUCUCUCACGUCCCCCUCUUUGA